AUGCGUGGAAUUGCUCAUGGACCUGGAGCAUCGCUUCGGGACCCGAAGUUGUUUCACAAGCUUUCGAAGCUUAACGUCCUUGCGCAGAAACCUGCUUCAGCCAAAUCUCGGAUUUGGGUGUUGGAAAGUCUGCAUGACUGGUUGUCUUACGGGAUGAUCAAAGUCGGUGACGUCAGCAAAGCAGUGUUGCAAGGUGACAGAACACAUUGUGGUUUUGUCUCACUCUUUGAAGCGAAGCAAAAGGUUCUCAACUACUUGCACGAAGACCUUCUUCACAAAGCAGGUGUUCUGGAGUCAGACAGAUCCUUGCUGAAGGAAGCCUCAGCGGACCACGCCGCUUUCCGGUCACACAGUGGAGAUGGUGGUGAAGUGACUUGGCAGGCGCGCCUGCAAAAGAGCGGCAUUCUGAUCUUCGAACUUCUGGAGGACCUGGUCUAUGGACGCAAAUUUGACCAUGGUAUCCGCCAAGCUGCAAAGCUGGGCGGUACACCUGAGCAAGUUUUUGAACAGGAGCCAGUCAAAGAGGCAUGGCAGGCUAUCGUUCGGGAAAUCGCUAAGGAGUUGGAAGAGCGCAACGCUUUGCAACGGAAAGCGGAAGAGGAGCCGAGACAGGAGGAAGAAGAGCUGGCGACAGUCCGGAAAGCACCAACCAGCUUUCCUUUGCACAGCGCCAGCUACUGGCGCGCAGUGGCAAACCAGACAGUGAGGACGUACAUCACACUGGUGCCCGAGCCCAAAACGCAGGAAGGCGUUGUGACUGCCAUUGAACAGUCUUCCUUGAAGUCCAUUGCUGGCACUCAAGGUUCAGACUCCGUGCUGGUAUUCUUAGACAUGGACUCGUUAGGUGAGUCGCAAGGACCUGGUGCGUGCAAGCUAUUGCGCCGGAAGUUCACGGCGGACCUCCCACUUCUGCGAAAACUCAUUCAAGGGGCGAUGCUCGCUCGUGGAAGUCAGAAACGUGAAAAUUCGGAAGCGACUCGGGUCGUUGAAGGCGACUUAGUCAUGAUUCAUGACGGACUGGGGCACCCAGGAGGGGUGAAGGAGGCGAAGAACAUGUUUCGCCUCUCAAGUGCGAAAAAGGAAGCCGAUCUUGACUCCGAAGUGAGAGAAGUUUUGAUUGUUUUCGAUGACGAAAGCAUCAGACAGAGAAAGCAAAGAGUCAAAGGCUCCUAUACAUCCCACACCACUCUGCUGGUGGCCAGCGCCGCGCCUUUGGCGCAAAGCGUGCCUGAGAGGGCUUACGAGCACCAUCCGGGGCACACUACAUCAAAUAUCGUCCACGGUGUCAAGGCUCUGGCGCCGGCUGACAUGUGGUUUGCAAGCAGGACCGACAAGAUCGCCCUGCUCACUCCGGACCGGUGUGUCGACAUCACAGCUGAGGCUGCAGCAAAGGCAGGGGAUGCCACCUCGGUUCCUGAGAGCAUAUUCAGUGCUGCGCUGCUUCCUGUCGAAUUCUUUCGGGACGUGUUACGCGGACACGCGGCAAAGGGCAUGCUUGACUUGUCAGCGAGCCAGGGGUGCGCAGCUCAAUCAUGUCUUCUUGAAAGGCUGCCUUACGUAGGCUUUGUGCUGUCCGAACACCACGCCAAGCGCUUGGAAGUGCAACUGACGCAGUUCAUUGUCGAUGAAAUGCAGCGUGAGGGGUCGUCACACUAUCGACCAGAAGCAGCCCAAGCAACUUCGGCAGGCAAUGAGAGCGCUGAGAAACAUGCCUCAGGGGGCAACGUGCAGCCAAAGAAAAAGAACAAGAAACAAGAGGAUGGGCAAGAGGAAACACAGCCCAAGAAGAAACCGAAGAAGACCAAGAAGGAUGAGGAAGAAGAAGCCGGAGGAGAAGAAAAUGAGGGAGAAGAAACCGGAGAGAACAAAUCUCCGCUGCCUUGGUAG